AGACAGUCCUGUGCCGAGUUUAUUUCCUAAGCGCUGACGCAGCCGAGCAGCUGUUGUCCCUGCGGAUUCAGAAUCUCUGCGGAGAAUCGCAAAGCGUGGACUGGAUACGGUUUAUAAUUUCACUGCGAGCGAGUGGAAGAAAACUUUGUCACAGCAUAAAAGUGCACCUUCAAAAGCAGGAGGCAUUUAAAAAAAACAAGAGGGGACUGAUUGUAGGAUUUUUUUUUAUGUCUUCGUUUUUUUAAAUAAAAGCUCACAAACAAUGUCUGGAAGAGGUAAAGCUGGAGGUAAAGCGAGGGCCAAAGCCAAGUCUCGUUCCUCCAGGGCAGGACUGCAGUUUCCCGUGGGUCGAGUGCAUCGCUUGCUGAGGAAAGGCAAUUACGCGGAGAGGGUGGGGGCCGGCGCGCCCGUCUAUCUGGCCGCGGUUCUGGAGUACCUGUCGGCUGAAAUCCUGGAGCUGGCCGGGAACGCCGCCCGGGACAACAAGAAAACCAGAAUCAUCCCGCGUCACCUGCAGCUGGCCAUCAGAAACGACGAGGAGCUCAACAAGCUGCUAGGAGGUGUGACCAUCGCGCAGGGGGGAGUCCUGCCCAAUAUACAAGCCGUCCUGCUUCCCAAGAAAACACACACCUCCAAGAAAUAAUCCCGGACCCAACCACCAGCAGCCCCAGCCCAGACACUUCCACUGCAGCUAUUACUGCUGCUAGGAGAAAUACCAUCUUACUAAAUAAUUAACAAGGCAAAGUUAUCAAAAGAAGGAAAAUGUGUGCUUUUUCAGCACUUCAGUUUUAGAUUUUAUUUGCAACACACACACUAUGCGCUUUGCUUUUAUGUUGUAUUUUGAAUUAUUAUUAUGGCAAUAUAUAUUUUAUUUAAAAACAUGGCAAAUGCAUAACCAGGGCAACACUGCAAACACCGUUCUAAGAGACGGGAUCUGCAGAGUCAUACAAUUGUAUUUCAUUCUCAGUGUUUAGACAAAAAAAGUACCUUAAGCAAAAAGCUAUCUGGUUUGAAGUCCAGUUAGCUUAUUGUUUUCUUUCUGCUGCUUAUUAAAAUGUGUUGGAAAUGACAAUGCAUACAAAAGAAUUGAACAGACAGGACCAGGAGCUAGACAAACCGCCUCGCGGGCCUCGCUUCAGAAAUCUGUUUCUGUUGCAGGAGGUGACAUCCAGUCUUCUGAGUUGGGCUUUGGUUUACAGAAAUGUUACAGCGUGUGAAAUGUACUGUAUGUACUGUGAUCGGGUUUGAUGAGACACUGGAGAUGCUGCCCAAAAUAAUGACACACGGCUUCAAAAUAAAACCAAACCCGAGUCUGCAGAAAUCCAUGUCAGAGUCAUCAAGAGUUUGCGUGAAUUCAAUAUACAGCUUGCUUUGCAUGUUUGGAGACGGAUAGACCUUCAGACUCUGUGACCGCAAAACUGACCGGGUCUCUUAAGGGUCUUCACUGCUGGGUUGUCCACGUAGACAGCCUCUACAAAGAGUCUGUGAAAUGGUCUGGUUCAUAUUUAAUAUGUGGCUGCAUUCACAGAGCAUUUACCACCGUGCUAAAUGUGCACUUUCUGUUGUGUGAAGUGAAACUCAAACUGCUAUGGAGGCCCCAUUCUGAAGGAUUCAAAUAAUUGUACCAUUUUUAACUAGCAGGAAAGAACUCCGAACCAGAGCAAUAAGAAUUGCACCUUCCUGCAGCUUUGCUGAUUCUUGCUAACCUGGCCUACGUUAAUGAGUUGGGUUUGUAAAACACUUCACUGCAUGGAUGCUUUACUCAGGAUGGAAAGUAUCAUUCAAGUUGAUUAAAGACUUCAUUCAGGCUAGAGAUUUAUAUUUCCCUAAACUUUCCCCUGACCGAGAAUUGUGAGGCUACUGGCAACACCUGUAGUGCACACAGCAACCGCCUGGAGUGUCCCCCAAAUUACCAGAACGUUUCCUUGCUUUCAUCCCUUAAUAUCGAAAAACAAACCUCUAAUUAUAUCCUUGGUAAUGCACUGAUUACACAUUCAACUCAGCCAAAAAAAAACAUGAAAAUGUUGAUCAAAAGUGAUUCCUGAAAAUGCACUUUUGGAUUGCAUAAAACUAGGAUAAAAAAAAAUGUUUUGUGAUUUCUUUGGAAUGUAGUUUCAUAAAAACCCUUUCUUUAUUCCUGGCCAAUUUGCAGUUUGCACAAUUCUGUAAGAACAUUUUACUAAUGCCCUUUAUCAACAUUAAAGCUGUUUAAUUUUUUUAA